CGACGUUCUGCGUGGCAUAUGUUGCGCCGUGAAAUCUUCACUGCUCGGUGAAGCGGACGUCUGUCGAAUUUUGUCACUCUAACUCCGGCACUAGCUAUAAUUUGACCUCUGCAAUACUACGGCGUAUGUCGUUGUGCUCAUGGCCGAGAUAUGAAUCACAGCAUCCUUGACUCUACUGACGUGGCUGAGGCCGGCUUCUGCAGAUAUAAGAUGAGCUUUUCGAGGAGCCUGAGUUUUCAGGCACCUCAGAAGCUCGUCUUGGGCACAGUUCUCCUUUCACUUCCAAUCUUCACUUCCUUCACACAUCAGACUAGAGGAUCAUGUCCAGUACUGAGGAACAAAAGCUAGCGUUCUUGUCAUCCCCUCGGUAUGCCGUUGUUGGUGCAUCCAAGGACGAGACUAAGGUCGGCACCAAGGUGCUGAAGUGGUAUGUUGAGCACGGCAAGGAGGUCACUCCUGUGCACCCGAAGGAGAGCGAAAUCCAGGGUCUUGCGGCUGUACCCACCCUUGCAAACCUUCCUGACCCGACACACACUUCCGUGAGCGUUGUCACCGGCCCUAAGGUUACGCUCAGCGUCCUCGAGCAGGCCAAGGCUCUUGGGAUUCCCCAGAUCUGGCUGCAACCCGGCACGGACGACGAGAAUGUCACGAAGUACAUCAAAGACAAUGGUCUUGCCGAUAAGGUCGUCUACGGAGGCCCCUGUGUUCUUCGCGAGGGCGACGGCCUGCUCAAGAGCACGUGAAGUGCUUCCGAGCACUGAAUAUUGAUGAUCCGCCAUAGAUGUCGCGUGUACCCGUAUUUAGAAAACCCUGCUGUAUAGUGUCGUACCCCUAC